GAGUGGUACGAUUUUUCCGAUUCAGUCCUUUGCAGAACCUUAACGUGGAAAGACGAAACAUGCUGCCAAUGAAGUUCAUUAUUAUCGUCCUGAUUGGGACAUUCUUUAGCACAGUCACCGCUCUUGAGUGCUACGAGUGUUUCACUGUCGAGAAAUGUAACGGCGAACUGAAGGAUAAAGUUGUACAAUGUAGCAAUGCGACGGCACAGAACAUGGCAAAUCUAUUGAAAGGAUUCUACCCUAAUCUGACGGCAGCCUUCGUAUUCAACGGAAACUAUCAGUGUGCAGCGGUGAAGUUUGCGCCGCAGGGAUCACCGAACGUAUCUGUGAUGGCCAAAGGUUGUGUAUUCGACACAAAGGAGUCCUUGUGUAAACUCGAAUCAGUAAAACCGAGCGGGGACUUCAGCUGCAUAUCAUGCAAUACGAACAAAUGCAACAGUGGCUCCGUGCUUGGAUUGAACAUAUUGUUGAUGAUUUUGAUGAUAGUGUUAUCGUCUUCGGUGAUGAAGUAGCUAGUGAGUAACGCGAACCAGAAAAUUCGUAAUAAUACAAAGAGGGCACUACUUGAUGCUUUUGUUAUUUGAA